UAAGUUAUUGCAUUAAACCACCACCGACGUCGGCGUAACUGUGACAUCGCUAUGGCGUACACUCUUGACUUCAGUACCCCCGUCAAUUCAGCUCUGCUCAUUUACAUUCUCUACUCCGUGCAGAAGAUCGUUUUCCCUUCCACAUCCACACCUAAAACAAUCCCAAGCGAAUUCAAGCAUGGUUACUCAUGGAUGCCCAAGGAACACCCUCCCACUGUGUUGUUCAAGACAUAUACCCCGAAGACACUGGAACCAUUCAACGGCAAGAACGGAGGUAGAAUUUUACUCGCCAUCAACGGUAUCGUGUUCGACGUAACAGCGGGGAGGAACUUUUAUGGGCCAGAUGGCAUGUAUGGUAAUUUUGCAGGUCGUGACGCAUCUCGUGGCAUGGCCAAGCAGUCCUUCGAUUUGGAUAUGCUAACGGCGAUUGACCAACCUCUUGACAGGCUCCAGGAUCUCCGACCAGACGAAAUCGAGAACAUGAAAGGAUGGAUUGACCACUUCUCAAAUAAAUACAUCGUUUGCGGAAAGCUUGUUGAGAAUGACGCUGCGUGAUUGAAUUCUGCAUCAUGUCGCGGGCAUCUCUCGCGUUGAAUCCGUUUAAAGUGGAUCAUGUACUUGCAGCGUCGACGAGUCUAUGCCAUUUCCUGCUUUCGUAUUGUUCAUAUCUAUGUACUAUAGUGUCGAGGUUGUUUAUGUUACAUUGUUACACAUGUAUGGAUUUGAUAACGACAUUAAUACCGAAACGCGAUCGGGUGAUGACUGCGUUAACGCCGU